AUGGCGGCAAGCGGUUAUGCCCUGUCGCAUCGAGGGAGGCAAGCAUGUUUCGACGCAGCCCUCCGAGGGCCGCCUACUUGCGUCACCUGUCUCGGCCGCGGGCCCCCUUGGCCACUCGCAGAGACAACAGCCAGCUUGGAGCUGUGCGUCAACCUCGCCCUGAAGUCCCCCUCCAGGCGGUCACGCACACCGAACGUCAUACCAAGAGCCCAAGACAGAUAA